GUUUUCCUGGACCUGUUUACUGCGCGCUCCCCUUCUUUUCCCAAACAUCGUUUGAGUGCCAAUAAAUUUUCGCUUUGACAAGCAUAUCCGAGAAUUAUUCAAGUGGCUCAAGUUCCUUGAAAAGCAACACUUUUUUUUGACAUUGUACUGCAGUCACCAUGCGUCCUCUCACAAACGAAGAAACAACUACGCUUUUCGAGAAAUUAGCAAAAUACAUCGGAUCGAACAUUAAGCACUUGAUUGAUCGGCCAGAUGAAACUUACUGCUUCCGUUUGCACAAAGAUCGAGUAUACUACCUCAGUGAGAGCAUGGUACGCAUAGCAACUUCUGUUGGUCGAGAUCAGUUGGGAUCUGCUGGUGUCUGCUUCGGCAAGUUCACCAAAACCGGAAAGUUUACGCUCCAUGUCACCGCUUUGGAUCACUUGGCACAAUAUGCAAAGCACAAGAUCUGGAUCAAGCCAAAUGGUGAAAUGACAUAUCUCUAUGGCAAUAAUGUUGUCAAGGCACAUUUGGGUCGCAUUACGGAUGAUACACCUGAACACACUGGUGUUGUUGUUUAUUCCAUGACAGACAUGCCUUUGGGUUUCGGUGUCACUGCUCGAUCAACAGCAGAUAUGAAGAAGCUUCAGCCAACGGAUAUCAUUGUGUUCCAUCAGGCAGAUGUUGGAGAAUACCUUCGCUCUGAAGAUACUUUAUUAUAAUUAAUGUUUUCCCUUAAAGCUUUUAUCAUUGUAAUAUACUAUAUACAUUCUUUUGCUU